AUGCCGGAUAGUGCGUCUAUUACCUCUAUAAAUCCCACGUCGCGAUCUGUCUUCCCUCAGGGCCCCAGUUUCACUCUUGAGGACUUUUCGAGCCGCGAUUUUAUAGUCAAAGAAUUCAUCGAAGCGCUUUCUGACAGUGCCAUUUCAAACCGUCGCUCUACGCUAGGCCCCACUACUGGGAAUCAACUAUUCGAUCCCAAACCACUCAUUCGGACCCUCGAACAUGCACAGAGGAGACUGGCUGAACUUUCUGGUGACUUAGAGAUCAAGGAGAAUGAGCUUUCGGCUGCAGUCCGCCGAGCCGAGGCCCAGCACUCACAGAAUAUCAACACACUUGGCAGGAAGCUGAAACAGACCAUUGAAUCUUUCCAACAACUUGAUACGUCGCUCAAUGGUACAGGUGCUGGACCCGGGCCUACUGGGAGCGAACUUUCAGGAUCUACCGGUAAUAUGGCUGUUGAAACAGGCCGGAAGCUGGAAGAGCUUGACCGACAAAGACGCCGAGCACUUGACGCCCACUUCCUCCUUGAGUGUUGGGAUAGCGUAAGUAACAGGGGAGAACUUACGCUUUUGGAGAACUUGAGGAGAUCUGGGACUGGUGAAGCCAAAGUUCGCUCCGCACAGAUAGCGCGGCAAUUACUGAGGAUUAGCCAAAGGCUUGAUCAGAAAAGCUGGAACAACUCGGGGGGGAAGAACAAUGGGGCGUCCGGGCAUGGGGCUGCAGAAGAGGGCACGGUUGAAGAGACGGGAUUGACCAGACUAAAUACAAGGGAGAUCAUUGAGAAGUUCUCAGAGACGUUAGAGAAGGAUCUCUUGAAACAGUUCGACGACUUCUAUCGUAAGGCAAAUUUUGAAGGUAUGAAGGAUUGUGCAACUGUGCUCCAGGAUUUCAAUGGGGGCUCCAGUGUUAUUGCUUUAUUUGUCAAUCAGCACCAGUUCUUCAUCGACCGAAGUCAGCUGGUUACAGAAGAAGUAGGUGGGGAUCUAGAAGCUUGGGAACAACUCGCAGACCCGGAUUCGGAGCCUCUGAAGGUGGAACCUAGUCUUCAGUCACUCAUUGACGAGGUUAAGGUCGUAGUUCAGGAGGAAUCAGCUAUUAUAAAGCGAGCCUUCCCUUACUACGAACAGGUCCUCGGGAAGUUUUUGCAGCGCGUGUUUCAGCAAUCCAUCCAACAGAGACUUGAAAUGGUUCUGGAGAAGGCUAAUAGCAUCUCAUCUCUCGCCUUCUUACGCUCCCUACAGAGCUCUCGCAGUUAUAUCGGUGCUCUAGUGGAAGAUUUAAAAGCUCAUGGUCUAACUGAACAUCCCGAUACCAUUUCCGCUCAGACGGCAUUGAUUCUCGAUCAGCAGCUGGAGGAUCUCUUCGUGCCAUACUUUGUCGGUUCCUCUUAUAUCGAGAGGGAGAAGAAAACACUGGAGGAGCUGUACACCUCCUUGCUUUUCAAAUUCACCACGUUCCAUGCACGUAGAAAGAAGGCAGCAACUACCUUCAUGGCAUCUCUUUCGAAGUCAGGUACUGAACUUCUAUCUUCUGCACGGGAUGCGUACAUAAAUCGCCUUGAGUCCUCGGAUUUCUCACCGACACAGCGAAGGAUGUUACUUCAGGUGGCGGGCUUGAGGGAUGCCAAUGACCUCUUAAGACGAACUGAAAUUAAACUUACUGAGGAGGAUGGCCUUCCUAGCAUAUCACACGCCAAAAGAAUGCUCAAAUGGCUUGCUGAGGGAGUCAGUCGGGGCUUGGAGCUAAGUGUAAGCAGCGAAACCCCAAAGGACAUGUUGGCUCUGUUGACUCUUCUCCUUUCUAUUAUGGGAGAAGGCUACAUUGAGGUUUGUCUCGAUGCCGCAUUGGAGACAGCGACAUCACAAGAAUUAGGGAAAACGGAGCCUGAUUUUGCUUACCUCCCAGCGGUCAGGAGCGCAAUCGGCAUUGCAAACUUGAUGGUAAUGUGCAUAAACACAUUACUCAUUCCCCUAGCAACAGGGAGCAUCACAGUUCGCCGAGAAAUGGAAAAGAAGACAAACUUGACAACUAUGCGAAUCGAGGAGAAAGUAAAUACGAUUGAGCAGAAAAUCAUUGACGCUUCUUUGGUGUGGAUUAAUAAACUUCUUUCUGGCCAGAGGAAGAAUGACUUUCGGCCCAAGGAAGGAGAUAAUGCAGCUUGGUUGGAGAAGCUGCAGACACCGACUUGUUCUUCGAUUUGCACCUUUCUCUCUCGUGUACAUAACAUGACAGCAACAUCACUACCGCCUGGUGGCUCCAAUCUGCGACAGUUGCUAACAGAGAUAGCCAUGGGGACCCGCAGCUUACUUCUGGAGCAUUUUAAGCGCUUCGCGGUCAAUGGACCUGGUGGCCUCAUGGUCACUAAGGAUAUGACACAGUACACAGAUCUGCUCAAAUCCUGGGACAUAGACGAGCAGGUCAAGGGCCCUGGCGGUGCGCUGGACGUCUUGCUGGAGGUUGGUAGCCUUUUUGUUGUAGGUUCUGAGGCUUUACGAGAAAGAGUUUGGAGUGGCGCUGCGAGUAGCAGCAGCAGGCCUGGGAACAAUACCGGGACAAGUUCUGGGCGAGGCGCGGGAGGUGGACAAGUCGAAGCUGGCCUCAGCGUGCAAGAAGUCCGGGCUUAUGUCUCUCGAAGAGAGGAUUCCAACACAGCUGCGAUGCAGAAUGUCCUCAGUGUCCUUUGA